AUGCCAUCGAAGCAACAAAGAAAGCGACAGAAGAGACGUAGAUACUACCACCUCAAAAAGCUAAAAGGGGUGAGGAGAAAUAUUGCAGGGACCACACUUAAAUCAGAGAUACAUCAGAUAAUAAACAUAACAAAUAAAGCCAAAAAUUAGGCUAACGUUGCUAAAAGAAAUAGGACAAAAUGUGUCCUGAGGGGAAAUAAGGUGUGGUCUAAAAAGUACCUAUUAUCAAAAGACAAAAAAGGGACAAGGGAGGGAGAGCAGGGAGAUAGAUUUUAAAGCUUUUCUUUUCUUUAAAAAUGUCUUAUACUUUGUGCCCCUUACUACAGUAUAGCUAAUGUUAUGAGGAAUUCUUUUGGAUCUCUAAAAUCAGUCACAACAAAAUUUCAAAUAAGGUUAAAUCUAAAACAAUUGGUUACUCAUACAGACAACUUAGCAGUGCAGAUUAGACAAGAGAAGAAUAAAUUUAAGGUAGGCAUUCUGAAAGACUAAAACAACUGUAAACUGUAAACUCACAUAAAACUCACCCACUCACAUAAAAUAUCACAGUAAUAUAUGCAAAUACUGUAACACAUAAAAUGCCAUAAAACCAUACAAAAGAAUUACAAGAAUGUCUCAUCUUAUUGAAUACUCCUUUAUAGUGAUUACUGUCAUCACUGUAAAUUAUUUUUAUGAAUCAUGUUCUCAGUAACAAAAACAGAAGUAGCUUUACUAGAAAACUGAAUACAGAUGAGCUCAUGUAUUACCAAUCAAAAUAUGGAAAAUGAUUUGUGUACAGAAAUAUAGUUUGUACUUUAUUGUGCAAAAGGCCACAACACUCCAUGAUGAUUCUGAGCUGGCUCGCACAUAAUGCUAAGCCAGACUAUGUUUAGCAUGAAUGCAUGUGCAUGCAGGCUCCCGGAGAGGAAAUUGUGAGCACUUUGCUCCUCCUCUGGUCCUGCUGCUGCUCUGCUGUGAGCUAAGCUAUGGUUUGGCUUAGCAGGUCCAAACCUGGGCUCCUGGUUUGCCUCAUGCUAGACAAAUUGUGAGCUGUAAGCAAAGUUCUUAGUUUUACAGCUUUCUGGAGAAGAGAAACUAUGAGCUUAAGUUUAGACAACAUGCUAUAAGACAACCUCUGGCAGUGCAGCAGCAAGAGGACUAGGCAAGGAUCAUGAUUGUGAUCUCUCAGUCACACUUAGACAUGUGCACUAAGACAUAGUCUGGCUUAGCAUUACAUGUGAACCAUCUUAGGUGAAUUGGUUAAAUAUUGUUGAUGAAAAAUAAAUAAAAUGCUUGGUUCUGUUCAUUAUUGUAGAACUGAAAAAUUGAAAAAAGAACACCUGAGUCAGUGCUAUCAGAGUUCAGUGUAAUGAUCAUUCUUUGAGUUUAAGAAUGUUCAGCAUACACUAUUUACAUUGCUAGAAGAUCAGUAAUUAGUAUAGGAAAGAGAGAUAAAAUUAAGGACUUCAUUACAUAUGAGCUGAGCCCAAAGAUAAACCUAAGCUCAUAUUCUCAGUCAUAGAAGCUUGUGAGAAAUGCAAAGUUCUGUUGAGUUUAGUGCUCUAUCCUCUACUAUUACUUGUUAGGUCUUAUGUGAGAAUUAGUGUUCACAAAAUAUUGGAUCUAAUCAAGUUAAGGUAAAGGGACCCCUGACUGUUAGUUCCAGUCGCGGACGACUCGGGGUUGCGGCGCUCAUCUCGCUUUACUGGCCGAGGGAGCCGGCGUUUGUCCGCAGCUUGCGGGUCAUGUGGCCAGCAUGACUAAACCGCUUCUGGCGAACCAGAGCAGCACACGGAAACACCGUUUAUCUUCCUGCCGAAGCAGUACCUAUUUAUCUACUUACACUUUAACGUGCUUUCGAACUGCUAGGUUGGCAGGAGCAGGGACCGAGCAACGGGAGCCCACCCUGUUACAAGGCUAUAAUUUAAGCAAAUUUGGAAAGUAUAAUGCUCACAAUGUGUUGUACCAAAUGCAUUGUACCAGAGACAGAAGUGAACUGUAGAGCAGGGGUCAGCAACCAAAGGCACAUGGGCCACAAGUGGCCCAUGGGAGCUGUUUACCCCCGCUGCCUGCUCGGUCGGCUCCUGUGUGCCACGCUAAACUGGCACGGAGCAGAGUGGGGAACGGCCUUUCGCGACACUGGCCGGCUUCUCAUUGGCUGCAGGAAGCUCCUUCAGGCAAUGGGAAGCUGCGCACGCCUCCUCCACGCUGAAAAUAGCAUUUGCGCAUGCGUGAGUGCGCACACACUCUGGCCCACCGCGGUGUCUGCGGGACUGUGAACCGGCCCAAGCCACAAAAACUUUGCCUACCCCUGCUAUAGAGCAAGGGGAUGGAGCAACUCCGCUGUGAAGAUGGGUUACAUUUGUAGCUUUUUAACUAAAGAAAAUAGGUGAGGGUGGGGACACAAUUGAGUUGUAUGAGAACAUGCAUGAAUAGUGGAUAGGGAAAUCUCAUAAUGCCAGAACCAACUUCAUCUCGUGAAUCUGAAUAUCGGAAGAUUCCAGUUAGACAAAAGCAAACUUGUUCACACAUUUCAUAAAUUCCUGAUUUCGUUUUCACAUAAGGUAGUGACAGUCCCCAACUUGGGUUGCAUUAAAAGAGAAUUAGACAAAUUCACGGAGGAGAAUGCUAUGAGUGGCUACUAACCACAAUGGCCAUGUCCUACUUCCACUGUUGGAGACAGUACAUCUCUGAAUUCCUGUUGCAGGAUGUCAUAAGUGAGGAGAGUGCUAUUGCAUCCCUGUCCUGCUUAUGACCUUCCCGUAGGCAUCUGGUUGGCUAAUGUGAAAACAAUUUGGUCCAGAUGGGCCUUUGGUCCAGCAAGGCUCUUCUUAUACUCAGUACAGCAUUGGUAGUGUGAUUAUCCUGUAAGCUGUUUUAUGCUCCCAAUGGAGCACGUGGAUGAAGUAUUGAAAGUUAGGUCUUGACACUGCUGCCUUUCUACAGAGCCUCAUUAAGCCUUUACUACUUUUAAUCAUAGAUGAAAUUAGCAUUGUGUCUAAUAUGUUUGCUUUUAUUCAUCUACAAUUACAAGAAAUUGGCCUGGUUCCCCUGAAUUUCUGAUAUUGCAUCUGAAUGCACUGGGUCUUUCUGAAAGAUUUUUGACAGCUGAAAAUCUGACAAACCCCAAGGUAUCACAAAGAUUUAAUCUCCUUAUUACUGGCUGCUGUACGCUUAGAAGUUGCUCAAAACUAGAAAGCCCCAGAUGGGCCCUCCAAAGAGAGAUGGUGGUCAAGAAUAUGGGAUAUUGCUCUUUCAGAACACUCAUGUCAUCAUCAUGCAGUGAUUAAGGGUUUGGCAAAACAUGAUAACUUUGUCAUCUGGUUUCUGUUUAUAAGCUUUAUUAAUAAAUAUAAUACUGGCUAUUGGUACCCAGUGACUCAUGGUUUAUGUUGGAAUGGAUAUUUUAUGUUCAUCUUGUUUUGGUAGAUGUCUCACAGUGUUACGUUUCAAUACAUCACACCCUUGUUGUAAUUGUAAAUCUGGCUGCUAAACCUCUGUUACCUGUUACACUGUUUACAUUAAAACCAAUAAAACUAAAUACAAAUACAAAAAAGGAAUGUCCAUAUAUGGCCUGCAAGUUUUAUCAUGGUUUGUUUUCUGGCAACGAACCAGCAUGAGAAACCAUGGCUUGUUUAAACUAUGGUUUAAUGCUCUGUCUGAAUCCACUGGUCUUGUUUAACUGUUGUUUGUUAGAACACCCCACCCCAUAUGCUUGCUAAGCUACAGACACAUCAGCAGCUGGAAAACAAAGCAAGCUCUGGGGAAACAAGCCAUAAAUUGUUUACUUAUCUGUGAGACAUAUUUGCUGAAGAAACCAUGAUUGGUUUCCCUAGCUAUGGCUUUGCCUUGAAUGUGAGCUUAGCCAUUUUAAUGAUGACCAAUAAUGUUUUAUUGGAUAGUAUCAUUUUUGGAAACAUGCUGCAAAAGAGCAAUCCUUUCUUUUGAACAUUAACAAGUGGAGCCAUAACACAAGUGACUUCAGUAUCUGAUGUUUCUUCAUCUGUGAUUGAAGAAUUAACAAAGUCUGUCAGACAGAGUGAAGAUGAAUGAGUAUGUUUGGUUGUUGGAUAGGUACAUGAGGGUAGGUAAAUUGACUUUGGAAUACAAAGCAGAAUCGGACCAGAGAUUUGAUUUUUGUACAGACAUAAGAGAACAGGAGAUAGUUUUUGUCUUAUUAAUAAAUGAUGAUCCUUUUGCUCAGUGUUAAUGACAACUUUGAAGGAAUGUGGUAAAUUCAAUUAAAUGAUAUUAAGUAGAGACAAAAAAUACACAGUUAAAAAAGCAGCAAUAGAUGCUUUACAGUCCUAGUAUUUCACAAUAUGACUUUGAAAAAAAAUGAAUCAGAAAUUAAUGUUAAUUGGAAGAUGAUGUUCCUAGAACUAUAGAUUUAGAGACUGUUCUCAAAGUGUAUAUAAAUACCUAUGUUAUGUUCAGGAGAAAUUGACACAUUGGUAGAAGAUAAGUUAACAGUGCUACGGGGGACACUGCAGGUUUGAAAUAUAAAAGCCAAAACAUGAGCGUAUAUUCCCUGACCAGUAUGGCAGAGUAUUUCCUGACAAAUGGCAUCUGUUAAAAGCAGACAGAGCAGAGAAUAGUCAAAUUUUAAAAUACCAGAACACAAAAUUAUAUGCAGGACUUAAGUUUUCAUUAAUGAGAGAAACACAUGUUAUGAGGAAACAGUUUCCUCUCACAAUGUCAUAUUUUGAUCAUGUUGUGUACCAAUUAAUUUCCCUAGGCUCUAAAGCUUUUCUCGCUGUUCCACUGCUGUGCCUUGUGAAAAUCUGAUCUUACCCACUGAAUUGAAGCUCGGUUAAGCAGAAUCUCUUCAAAUCUGAUCAGAUCCGAUUCAGCGGGUAAGAUUAAUACAAUCAAAAUACGGGCCAAGUGAAAGUGUGGUUAAACUUAUUCUGUUAUAAUAUUUUCUACUUUGCUUGUACAGAUAGCUAAUUGUAUUCAUCACUUGUACAUUUUACAGUGUGUUCUAGUUUGCUAACACUUGUACAGUGGUGCCCCGCAAGACGAAUGCCUCGCAAGAUGGAAAACCCGCUAGACGAAAGGGUUUUCCGUUUUUGAGUUGCUUCGCAGGACGAAUUUCCCUAUGGGCUUGCUUCGCAAGACGAAAAUGUCUUGCGAGUCUUGAGAUUUUUUUUUCGCUCCCCCCCCCUUUUUCUAAGCCGCUAAGCCGCUAAUAGCCUUUUAGCGGCUAAGCCGCUAAGCCUUUAAUAGCCGCUAAACUGCUAAUAGCGCUAAUCCGCUAAGCCGCUAAUAGGGUUGCUUCGCAAGACGAAAAAACCGCUAGACGAAGACACUCGCGGAACGGAUUAAUUUCGUCUUGCGAGGCACCACUGUAUUGCUAACACUUAUACUACUGGUCUAACUUGAUAUUAUCUAUGAGACCCUGUGAGUGCCUUUUAGAGGGGAAAAAGCACUGGUCUACAAAUCCACUGAAAUGUGAAUAAUUAGGCCGCUACAUUCCUCACCUGUCAGUGUACCUCUUUGGGUAGAUUAUUUUCAAAAAAUGCUUUGACAUUUUUAAUUACCAGAAACCAUUGUUAUGGCACUAGGAAGCACAGCUACAAGUACCGCACCAUGUUAGUAACUGUACCAUUCUCAACCCUACUAUGUUAGAGGCAGCAGUGCAGGCAGGGUGGUGUUGCGUGCCUGGCUUCCCAAUUCUGAGUCUCACUUCCGCUUACUGGGAGGAUGAGGUGUGCAUAGCUUGGUGUAGGUGCAACAACAGGAACAGCAGAUUGGCUCCUUACUGAGCUCUCCUUGCCUUGACCCUCUCCCUCUUGGUAAACAGCAGUAGUGCUCAGCAUUGGAAAGCCAGGUUUGUAACACUACUUUGCCUGCACCAUACCAUCAAACACAGCUGAUCAGAGGAGAACCAUCUCUCACUGUUUAACUACUGUACUGUUAAACAGAGAAACCAACUCUCCUGUCAGCUACUGAAAUAAGCAAGAAACUGGCAUUUGUCAACUCCUAGGAUUCCUCUAGAAAUACACUAAGGUUCAGAAACUUCAUUUGGAAUCACAGGACCAGGUCGAUGUGGGUAUUCUCUCUGGUCCUAUUCUCCCCAUUUGGAUAUAGGCCUGAAAAACCAUAGGAAAAUGUGGGUGCAUAGAGAAAUGUAAGCAAACAAAAUUUGAGACAGCCCCGCAUUGUUACCAAUCACAGGGCAUGGGGUGGGCCAUCUGCAAACUUCCAAUUUCUGAACUUAGUUGAGGGUGUACCAACAUGAAAUAGCAUUAUCUCUUAAACCCACCAGGUUUUUUUAAAAAAAUCACUGGAUUAUCAACAGUUGCAAAAUCUUUUCAUGUUGUGAAUGAAUCUAUUUUGUUUGGUUAAUCCUUAAUGGUCAUUUUAUGCCUUUCUGUAUAAAAUAAGAAAGUCUUGGUAGGAAUAGGUAUUCUGUUUCUUUAAUUUGUGUAGAAGGCUGAAUUGUAAGAUAACUGCAUUAUAAAGUUGUGAGUUUUUGCACUGGGAAUUUGGUAACUGGAAGAGGAAAAUACUUUUCUCCUAUCAUGUAUUUUUGUGUUUUUAUAUUGUAAACCACCCUGUGAUUCUUGAAUGAAGGAGCAGCAUAGAAAUUUAAUAAAUAGAUAAAUGAGAAAUUAUGUGAAUAAACCAGAAUAAUUAUAUAUUUCCUUUUCUCUUUGCAGUAUGAAGACAAAGCUGAUGCAGUUUUUGGGAGUAUAGCAGAAAAACGUAUGUGCUUCUUUUAUUUGUUUAUUUACGAAAGAUUCCUUCCUCCUCAGAAACUCCUUUCUUUAUGAGCUAAAAGUUUCUGUCCCUUUCUUAAAAGAUGCCAGAAUCCCAGUUCCAGAUGGCUUAAGUCCAGUCAUUAAGUGGUGGGGUUGUAAGUAACAAAAAAUAUUCCAGAUCAUUAACUAAUAACCCAGUUUGGUAGCUACUACAUGUAUUCCAAAACUCUGAUACUGACACUUUGCAAAACCAUUGGGGGGGAUGCAUUCUCCACCCAUCUGCAGUAUUUGUGGCAAUUCCUGAUAACCCCACAGAGAGCUCUAAAAUUGCGGAACAGUGCAAAUUAAGAGUAAUGAGAACUAGUAUGUCUGGUGAGUCAGUGUAAGUAGCUGUAUAUUGGGGGACCACACUGUAGGCUAAUAGUGUUUAAACUGGCUGUAUGUACCAAAGAAAGCUAUCUUAAGGUCUUGGCACAAAGCUUUCUAUAAUUGUCAAAUAGCCUUAAAAGGUGAAACGAGUGCCCCAUUUUGGUUGUUAUACUAGUUCAUGGUCAAGUCUUAAGGGUGCAUCAUAAAUCAUGGUUUGACCCUGGCUUGUUUCAAUGAACUCUAGUUUAGGUUAACUACAGUCUGUACUUUUUGGACAUAACAGCAAAUUGUUGGGGCAAGGGUGGGGAGGAAGACUGGAACCAGGAAUUUUCUAGAAUGGUAAGAACAUUGUUAAUUGUUUCUUCUUAGCAUACUGGAACUUUGAGUCUUCCAAAGAAGUUGAUCAGCAGUGUGUUCAUGACAGAUUAAGGACAUUAUUCCAUCCCCUAAAGCAGGCAUGUCCAAAGUCCGUUUUGGGGGCCUAAUCUGGUCCACUGGUCGGUUUAAUCCGGCCCCUGUGGCAGUUCAUUUCCUGGGGUAAAAUCCUAAAAAAAACCUCAACAACUUCAAUCCUAAAAAAAGGAUCCAAAUUUUGGUUGGCCCUUUGGUUGGCUCCCAUGACCCUUCACUUCAUCAAAUCUGGCCCUCUUUGAAAAAAACUUGGACACCACUGCCCUAAAGUAUAAUACAGCGGUACCUCGGGUUACAUACGCUUCAGGUUACAUAUGCUUCAGGUUACAGACUCCGCUAACCCAGAAAUAGUACCUCGGGUUAAGAAUUUUGCUUCAGGAUGAGAACAGAAAUUGUGCUCUGGCAGCGCAGCGACAGCAGGAGGCCCCAUUAGCUAAAGUGGUGCUUCAGGUUAAGAACAGUUUCAGGUUAAGAACGGACCUCCGGAACGAAUUAAGUACUUAACCCGAGGUACCACUGUAAAUACAUUGGGGCACACAUAAAUAUUUUAUUUUAUUAAGUCUCCUUCCCUCUUUCACAUCCAGUCACAAGGUUGCAAAAAACAACUUUUGAAAUACAAAACAUCAGAAUUACAAACUGUAAUAGCCAGCUGAAAGCCCAAAACAAUAUCCUCAUUGUUAUAUUUGCUUCCAUAUUGUAAAUAUGUUGGUUUUGGAAAGCAUCUUAUUCUUCUUCCUUCUCCAGGUGGUGAGCUUGUACCUACAGAAAUGUCUGAGAAAACUGUUCACAACCUAACCCCUGCCUUCGACAGCAUACCGUACAGAAUGCAGAAUCGAACAGGAUCUACAAACUCUUUGUUGGUUGACAGUGAUUACUUCUUGAACUCUGGGGAUCUUACAGGGAUUCCUAUUGUUGGGAGUGACAAUGAGGACGAGCAAACUUUUCCUGCAAAGGAUAGCCUCCCUUCACGCCCUGAGGAUAGUCGGGGAGAUAUGAGGAGGGUUCGGGAUCAUGCAGUGGACAAUGAGAAAGACACACAGAUGCAAAAUGUGAUUCAGAAAGACCUCUCUUCCCCUUUUGACAAAGGGCCCUCUGUAUUUAAGUCUGUUCGGAAAGAUUUUAGCAUAGGAAGAGAUGAUGCUAAAGAUAUUUUUUUGACAAAGGAGAAAGCCAGAGAAGGACCUUUUCAGGAGCAUGACAAACGAUUGGAAAAAAUGCCGAAGGAAAUGGAUUCCAGAUUGAAAAGCAGUUUCCUCGAUAAAUCAGGUAACACUUUGUUUGCUAAGGUUAAGCAGAGAGCAAACCUUAGGGUUUAGGUUAAACUUAAUGAGUUUCUGCUUAUUUCAGUGAAACAUCUUCAAGGAAAUUCCCAGUGGAUUACACACCAUGGGACAGAUCUGUCUGCCACGCUUAAUGGCACUCACUUUGCCUCAUGGAUGGCUGCAUCUGGUUGACAUACUCAGUUCCAUCAACUUUUGAAAAAACUGAUCAACAAAAUAGUACUGCAGUGGUGGGGACUUCUGGACUGCAGACUUAAUUAGACCUGGCAAGGGUUCUAAUUUGGCCCCUGAGUCCAUUUCCCCCAAACCAAACUGACCAGUCUUACACCUGAUGACAUAAUGUGGGGCAGCUAAGUAUUUUGCUGCAAAGGAUUAUUUUUUUAAAAAAAUUAACAUGUGCUCCCAAUUGUUCCUUGACAAGUGGGGUUCACUGACAGUGCUGUUCAACUGUUUGGUGCUGACAGUGAGUGAAGUUGUUGCAUGAUGUUGGUUGACUGCCCACCUGUGGGUGAAGUGGGUGAAGAAAUCAGAAGAUCAGGAUCGGGCCUGCCAGCCGAAUGCAGUUCCCCACCCUUCAUUGCUGCAGUAGUCCACAGGUUGAUGUGAAUUGUUUUCCAAAGGGAUGCUAAUUGAAUAUGUUUUUCCCUAGUUACUAAUCAAGUGGAUGAAACAUUACGGACACAGUUGGCACCACAAACACCAGAAACUAACUUCAGGGUAAGUUGUGGGCCUUUAUUUGAUUGGCAAAUCAAAGUGCAUUUUUUUGGAAUAGGAAUAUUGUAGAGAUUUUGUUGUGCUGCUGUUGAACCCUCUGCUAAUAGUUGGCUAAGCUGCCAUAAUGCCACAGAACGGUGGAGCUAGUUGAAGGGUCCUGGACUGUCAUUCUCUGAGCUGCUCUGAUCUUAUAUAGGGGCAAAGUAGAAGAUCCUAGGAAAGAGAGAAGCAGCAAGGGUCUAGGAAAGGAAAGGUAGGUGUAAGAGAGAAAAAGUGGACCAGGGAAUGGGGGAGAGGAGUUUCUAGGUCAGGAAACAUAGAAGAUGGAAACAUAGAAACUCAGGGUAACAAGAACAAGAGGAGAGGUCAUGGGGAAAGCUGCUGGAGAAGAGAAAAAUGGGAAAGUGGACUGUAGCUAAAUUCAGAGGUAAAUGGGAAAGUUAUCUCCCAAAUGUGUAUGCUGCUGAAGUUACUGUUCUUGUGUGCUAGGAGUCUAGCUACCUGUUUGCUAAUAAGGAAUCCGUUGGUCAAGAGCUGGGGAAUUCCUAUGCACCAAAUAUUAGAAUUAAGGAAGAGCCUUUGGACAAUGACUACGAUAAAGCUAUUGCACCUCAGCAGGGGCUGCUGAACAAAAUUAAGGAUGAACCAGAUAAUACUGAGGUAAGAUGGGACAUAAACUGCCUAGCCUUGACCUGUCUCUCUGUGUUAUAAGUGCAGCAUUGGCUGCUGGGUUAAAGCUGUAUGGUGAAGAUAUUGAGAGGUAGUAGGGACGGGGUUGCAUCUCUGUUCUUAGCUCUUUGGAUGCUUUUAUAGCUGCCUUCAGAAUAACUCUUUUCAUGGAAAAGUGCAGUAUCUUGGAUGCAUGUAUAAGUGGGGCAGGGGCAUGGAGGAAAGUAAAGUAGGGAUGGAGUUUGGUGAGCCAUUCCCAUCAAACGUGGCUGACACCAGCACACUGCAUAGGGAAAGUGAUCUGUCAUGGCAUCCAACCCAGUGGAGGAUUAUUUUAUUAUACAUCACCUUGAGAUGUUUAUUUAUUUUUAUUUAUUCAUUUUAAUUUCUAUACUGCUUUACAUUUUUAAUAAAAAUCUCAAAGCGGUUUAAAGCAUAUUAAAUCAAUAAAACAAUAGCAGGACAAUGUUCCUCCGGCCUCAUGAGGAGCCUCUUUCUAGGGCUGGUGAGUGUGGGCCCCGCCCCCUCGGCCAGGUGCAAAGUGCCUUGCAGGGAGCGGCCCUCACACUCACAGCCAGGCAAUGUUCCUCCAGCCUCAUGAGGAGCCUCUUCAGUAGGACUGGUGAGUCUGGGCCUUGCAGAAGGUGAUUGUUUAUUAUUAUUGUUAAUUAUUAUUACUAUUGUACUGGAGUUAGGGCACAAUUAUUUCAAAUGUGUCCCAGGAUUUACACGAUAGAUUGAGUACUGGUGAUCACAGUGGCUGGAAUUUUACCUGUAGCUGUUUUGUUUCAGGAAUAUGGCCAGCAGCCAAAAACUCAGGAAGGGGAACUGAAGAUCAGUGCUGUGUUUUCAGUCAGUGGCAGCCCUCUUGGUAAGGAAAAGGGUUGCGCUUGCCCCUCCUGUUCUUCAGAUGGCUACGCCAUCCUUCAGCAAUGCUUCCAGGGAGAUUUACAAAAGCAAGAUAAAUAACAGAAAUCAAAAGAGAACUUUUAAAUAAAUUAUAGCAUUAAAAAGCCUAGGGACAUUUUAAAAAGGCUUUGCCAAGAGAAAUUGUUUCAUAAUUUGUUAACAGCUGCCAGAUUAGUGAUAGCACAGACAUGGAAAUCUAUUGAAUCCUCUGAAGAAAAGGAUUGGGUGCAGACAGUUUGGGAUUUAUUAAUUAUGAAUACGUUGCUCAACACAGAAAAUCAGGACUCAGAAAGGGAGACAGAAAACAGAUAAUUUAAUGGGGCAUUGGUGGCCAGUAAUUUGACUUCUUCCUGUUCAUAAGUCCGGUUUCCAAAGUAGUACAUAACUAUAUACUAAUUGCCUUGGAAGAAAUGGCUUUCUGUAUUUUGUUUGAGCAAAUGGAGCAGAAGGGUAAUAGUAGUGAUUUUUUUAUUUUAUAUUAAAAGUCAGUAAUACAUUACAAAAAAAAUAGCAACAUUGGCAAACUUCUCUGGGGAGGGACUUCUAAAAAGGCGCAACAACCAAGAAGCUCCCCCCGCCUCUAGUCACCACCUGCUUCUCAGGUGGAGGUGGAGCACCUGGAGGAGAGCCUCUGAAGAUGACCUCAAUAGCAGCAUAUUUCUUCCCUCUCUUCUUGGUAAGCUCCACAGCUGACUUCCAAUUUCCCACCUAACACACCAUCCUCUGGCAUGAACAAACUGCUUCCUUCAGUCCCGAGUACGGCUGUUCGGGUUUCCUGUUCAGGCUGUAAGAAGAUCCUACAGAAGGGGCAAACAGCCUAUCAGAGGAAAGGCUCCACUCAGCUCUUCUGCUCCACACUGUGCCUCACGGGAUAUACUGUACCAGCCACACGACCACCAGCUUCUUCCAAGAAAACCUGUUCCAGCUGCUCAAAGUAAGGGCUCUGAGGCUUUGAAAUGUGCUACAAAUCAUUCUGAAUUGUUUGUGGGGAGUUUAGAAGGCAUUGUGUCAAGUACAUGUUAUCCCACACUUCCCUUUGCUGCAGAAAGUCCACUUUGGGCGGGGGGGGGAGAGGUUUGUUGCAUAAGAGCAUCAACUCAGUUUUGUAACUUGGAUUUGCUGGUAUGUGAUUGAAUUCCACCCCAAAGGUAGUGACAGUCUGGAAGCACCCAUGUACUCAAGUCAAGGAAAAUAAAAUGCUUGCAAAGCAGACUUUUGACACUGACAAUCAGCAGAAGGAAUGGAAAAAAUCUUAGCCUUUUUUGCUUUUUAUUUUUUGUGAAAGGGGAAAGAAACAUAGCACUAAUAUUAUUAUUUUGUAAACAGCCCUGGGAAUGUAAUUUGAAGGGAUGCGGGUGGCGCUGUGGUCUAAACCACUGAGCCUCUUGGGCUUCCCGAUCAGAAGGUCAGUGGUUUGAACUUGCAUGAUGGUUGUGAGCUCCUGUUGCUCUGUGCCAGCUUCUGUCAACCUAGCAGUUCAAAAGCACGCAAGUGCAAGUAGAUAAAUAGGUACCGCUGUGGCGGGAAGGUAGAAGGCAUUUCCAUGCACUCUGGUUUCCGUCAUGAAGCAGUUUAGUCCUGCUGGCCACAUGACCUGGAAAGCUGUUUGUGGACAAAUGCCGGCUCCCUUGGCCUGAAGCAAGAUGAGCGCCACACCCCAUAGUCGCCUUUGACUGAACUUAACCAUCUUUUAUAUAGAUCUAGAUCUAGAUCUAGAUAAAUUUUGAAGACAUCUUCUGGUUGUGGAAGUAUUGAUACAGAGCUUGUACAUCCCUGGAAGUACCCACGAAGUAACUGAAGCUUGCCCUGGGUUUACUUCUGUGAUUCUGUUGUAGUCAGGCCAGGUCACACUCAUUGGUAUCAGUUGCUCCAUUUGUAAAGUGGAACAUGCUAGCUAGACGGAUCACAACCACUAUGCUGACAUUUGGUGUUGCAGAGAACCUCACUGGUCUGUGGAGGAUGUAAAUUUGUGGUUGUGAAAGUUGAACACCUGAUUUCUUCCUCUUUCAAAACUGUGUAGGGACAUUCUGAAUCCAAAGGAUGUGAUUACCGCUCAGUUUGACAACACUAACUCCAGCAAGGACUUCUGCAGCCAGUCAUGUCUAUCCAUGUACGAGCUGAAAAGGAAGCCUGUCGUCACCAUUCACACAAACAGUAUUUCCACCAAGUGCAGCAUGUGCCAGAAGAAUGCAGUGGUAACUGAAAUCGCAAACCCUUUCUCUAAAUUUUUGGUUGGUCAGGAUGCCAGGUGAUUAGUGAAUCGGCUUUGGGUGCGGGAAAAGCCACAUUCAGUGUUCGCUCAGCCAUGAAGCUCUGCAUAUUGCUUUCAUCAAAUCACUAGCUUGUCUAACUUCAUUGGUUGGUUUCCAAGUUGAAAAUUAUAAAGAGCACUUAGUACAUCUGCACUUGUGAGGGUGAGGGCAGGUGAGGGCAGCUAUAGCCACCAUGCAAUAGAAUCCAGUUCCAAAGAAGAGUCCUAUUUUCUGAAGUUUUGGAGUUUGCUGUCACCAGUAUGCAGAUGGCAUUCUCCUCUUAUCACUUGCAUCUUGAACCAAGGAGGCCGUUGAAUUUCCGAACCAGUGUCUGGAAUCAGUAAUGGGUUAGGAUGUGAGCAAGCAAGCUGGGAUGGGGAAGGCUGUGCUAGAGUCUACUUCUUGGAUAUAGUAUUGUUUCCCACUCUUACCCCCAAGUUUCUACUGCAUCAUUCCAGUGGAAUUCUCCUGAAUCACUGAAAUUCUUUGCCUUUGUGGUUCAGAAAAGCAAAAAUGGGUUUGCUCGGUUGCUUAAUUUUUAAUCAGAAUUCACGAUGAAACAAAACUUGUAGCAAGUCUGACAAGUUACUUCAUUUGGGGAUCUUAAAAUAUUGAUUUUAAUUUUCAUGACAGAUAAUCUGAUGCCUAUCGUAAGUAUGAUUCACUCACAAUGCCUAGUAUUUCUCUUGUGAACCACCCUGAGAUCUAUGGAUGGAGGGUAGUAUACAAAUUAAGUAAAUUGUAAGAAAAUUCAAAAUUUGCAAGAUGCAAAAUUUACUUGCCUGGAUUGCCAGUUUUUAAACACUUCUGUAAGUUUAUUUUGUUUAAUUAAAAAAAAUCAAAGGGAGUUGGUAGGUGGGAGGGGGGAAAUGCUUUAAUCCACUAGAUUUUUUAAAGUGCAUAAUUAUUUUGAGAGAAAGAACGCCUUGGAAUACUCCCAUGUAAUGUUUUUCUUUGCUCUCUCAGAUUCGGCAUGAAGUGAAUUACCAGAAUGUUGUGCACAAACUCUGCAGUGACGCCUGCUUCUCCAAGUUCCGCUCAGCAAACAACUUGACCAUGAACUGCUGUGAGAACUGUGGGGGUUACUGUUACAGUGCCUCAGGCCAGUGCCACAUGCUUCAGAUCGAGGGGCAGUCCAAAAAGUUUUGCAGUUCAACGUGUGUCACUGCAUACAAACAGGUCUGUGCAUGGUUUCUUUGGUUCCUGGUGUGUGUUGCUGUUACUGUUUUAAAUCAUUAUUUUAAUGCACACUAGGCUUGCGUGGAGCCUCAACCCUAUAGCUAAUAAUAUGAAACUUGUUUAUAGUUGUGUCUGUGGAGAGCAGCCAGAUAGGGGAGGCGAGGGAGUGCUUUUAACAUAAAGGCCAGAAUUCUACUUUCCUUCUAUUGAGACAAGGGGAAAAUUUGAGAGAACCUGUAGUGGGCAGGAAAGGGGAGCUUACCACCAGUUGUUUUUAUGUCUCCGGGCCAGAUGGGUAUUGGCCAUGCUGCACAGGUGAACAGCUCUGGGUAUAAGGGAGAGAAUUUUGCACUCUAAACCUGCUGCAGGAUCAUCCCCUCACAAAGUGACUUUCCUGGGAAAGUCUUAGAAACCUGGAAACCUGAGUCUUAAACAGUCAUGUAGUUCAGCCCCUUGAAGCAAAUCGGGGGCUGUUCUUGUUUCCCAUUGUAAAAGAUACUGUUGCAAGUCUGUGACUCUUUACUUUGGUAUCUUUGACUCCUUUUUGGAAACGAUUUGAAGAUGUUUUACAUAUAGUGAGUGGUGUGUAAAUUGACUUAAUAAAUAAAUACUAAGCUCACUUCUGUUUUGUGUAUGUGACGCACCUAUUUCUUUCACCUGCAAGUGAGCUAUGUGGGCAAGUGAACUGUUUCAGCUCUCUGAAGGGGAAAAACUCUGUUGUUCCUCUUUCUACAGAAGUCAGCAAAAAUCACUCCCUGCGCACUGUGUAAAUCUCUGAGAUCUUCAGCUGAGAUGAUUGAAAGCACAAAUAAUGUGGGGAAAACAGAGCUCUUUUGUUCUGUGAACUGCUUGUCAGCACACAGAGUUAAAAUGGUCACAUCUUCAGGUAAAUGUUGUGUUGUCCUUUUCAUAUAUACAUUUUCUGAAAUCAAGAGACCUUAUUUAAGAAAUAAAAUUUCUUAAAUUAUUAUUUUUCUGUUAUUAUUUGUUUUUCUCUCUGGCAGGCGUCCAGGUUCAGUGUAACAGCUGUAAGACCUCAGCCAUCCCUCAGUAUCACCUCGCUAUGUCAGAUGGCAGCAUACGCAAUUUUUGCAGCUAUAGCUGCGUGGUGGCUUUUCAGGUAUGUCCUGUUUUCCAGUUUAGUUACUCAAUUGGCUUGUCAGAUGUGCUAGUCUCAUUCCCCUUCCUGGACUUGUGGCCAUUGCCAAUCUUUCCUUGGGCAUACUCCCUCUCCUUUUGACCACUAGCUUCUCCAUUGCUAUGUUUCAUCCUGAUAAAAGUGCUAAUACACUUAAUAGACAUAGCGCAGAGAUGUGUCAGUUAAAUUAUAAUAAUCAUAAUAAUUAAUAAUAUAAUAUUUAACGUAAGAAUUGCUUGCUAUGAAGGAUCUUGAAGUGGUUUCAUAAUAUGCACACCUGCACACACAGAGUAAGCUCUCAACUUGCACAUAUUUAACUUGUUCAUGUUCAGUUUUAUGCGCUUGGCAUUAAAAAAAAUUAGAAAGGGGGUGGGCAUCUGGGGAAAAAACAAUGGCAUAUAUAAAAACAAUUUCAAAUCCAACACGGAUUCCAGCUAGGAGAAAACUUCUCUACUUUGAAGACUUGUUGAAAAAGGAAAAAACUUCAACAGGUACCAAAAAGACAGUGGAGAGGGUAUAACACUGGUAUAACCUCUCUGAUAUAACACAGACUUCUGUGACUUCAUUUGUUCUCCAUGAUACUCUUUUAUGAGAUCAGUUUCCCAAGAAUUAAGAAUUCUGUUUUCCACAGAUGGAGAACAACUAAAAGGAAAGAAAAGCAUGGAGACGGCAUAGGUUGGCUGUGGGGCAGGGAAUUGGGGUGGUGGGGUGUACCUCCAGAGAUUAGCAGGCUGCUAUUGCAAUCCUUAUUAAAAUUGCUAGCUCCUUCCUGGAAUUUUGAAAAGGUGAUCCUAUGCUAGGAACCCCUCAAACUUGGCAGAAAAUCCUGUUGAUGUAAGGUUUUUCCAUCCCCUGUUGCUUUAACAGAACUUGUUCAACAAGCCUGCGGGAAUGAACUCAUCAGUGGUGCCCUUGUCACAGGGCCAAGUGAUUGUCAGUAUCCCCUCAGGAGCCACGGUUUCAGCAGCGGGCAGCACUACCUCCACGGUUUCCCCCAGCUCAGUCAGCAGCUCAGCCGCAGCUGGUCUCCAGAGACUCGCCGCUCAGUCCCAGCAAGUUACCUUUGCCCGCACUGUCGUCAAACUCAAGUGUCAACACUGUAGCCGCCUGUUUGCAACCAAGCCUGAACUGCUCGAUUACAGGGUAAUUGGCACCUGCCAGUUGUUGUUGUUCACAGACCUCUUGAAGCCGGACACGUGGGUGCUCUAAUUGUGGACCAGACGCCCAGUGACAGGCAAGGCUGUGUGUAUUCCAUGCUUAAUAAUAAGUUUUAAAAUACACUGCGCCAAGGAAAGCUGACAUUUGUAUACAAAAUGCAAAGUGGGCUGAUUUGCACUGUAUCCCUUUUUGUAUAAUUUUUUGACGAUUCUUUUUUGGGGCAAAUUGAUUCAGCCAUGUCUUUGAGUUCUGAGAUUUCAGCAGACAUUGGCCACACACUUUGGAGCAUAUCUUUACCUCCACAAGAUGUAGGAAGUUGUUAUUUUUCUUAUAUGAAACUAGAUUUCCUGCAUUUUUUGGAUUUACGUUCACUACCAGCAUUGGCACUAGACCUCAGGGGACUCUUGGCACAUUUUGAUACUCCUCCCUGUCCCCCACUUUUGAAAAAAUGGGCUUUAAAUGACAGCAGCAGCAGUAGCAGCAGCUUCUCUAUCACCAAGGUAGCCAAGAGAAUGCCCAUGCCUCAACCAUAGUCACUAGAAAGAUUUUUUAAAUGUAGAUUUUUUAAAAAAUAAAUAAAUUUAAGCCUUUGUAGUUGCUUUGACAAACUGCAGUGAUGACAGAGGCAGUGCCUGGCAUUAAGAUGUUGGCCCUGAGAGUGCUAGGCUCUGAAAAGAAGACCCCCUUGGUUCUUAGAGCCCAGAAAAGGCAGAGUCAUAGUGGUCACCAGCCAAGUUUCAUGGCAGAUGGACAGCAGGUUGGGCCAAUGAGGGACUCUUCUGAAUUCUUGGGCCUCAGCCAGGGCCCAGCUUGACUGGCCACUGGUGCCAGGCUUGCUCACUAUUCUACUCUAGGCUUUUCUCGCACUUCUGUGGGAUGGUGGCUUUUUACUCGGCCCCGAUUUUUCAUUUAAUGGAAGUGGGCAAAUUUGCAUUCCCACUGAAGAAGGAUGAGGUGGCAUGUCCUCUCCUGAAUCAGGCAGGCCUUGGAGGAUUCAGUUUGACCAAAGUAUUCUUGCUUAAUUGCAGGGCAAAAUGUUCCAGUUCUGUGGCAAGACCUGCUGCGAUGAGUAUAAGAAGAUAAAUUGUGUCAUGUCGAUGUGUGAAUACUGCAAGAUUGAGAAGAUUAUCAAAGAGACUGUGCGAUUCUCAGGCAUUGACAAGUCAUUCUGUAGUGAGGGUAAGAAGGGACAGAUCUGGAUUGUGUAUUUCAAACUUCAGUCCCAAGGCAUUUUGUUCCAAGACCUUGGAGCUUCCUAUUGCCACAGGAACAGGGCUCUAUUGAGGAUUUAGCAAUCCUCAAUCCCAAAAUGUGAAUUUGAGGUUACAUUUUGACAAGGGUUGUAAAACCACAUGGUUUGGGAUCUAAAUUUAUCCAAUUCAUUGAGGAGCUAGUCUGUUAAUUACAAGGGCAAAAUAACCUGUUGCUUAUUUUUAAGUCAAUAUGUCACAAAGUAGUGUUUAGGCAGUAGCCAUAUGUUACUGCUUGUGGCUGCUUUGUUCACAAGGGAUGUCUGUGCUGCCUGUUAUUUGUGUAUAUUGUCCUACUUUGAGAACUGGCGUAGAGGGGAAAUCUUAAUUGAUUGCUGUUUGUUCUCUUGUGCUGUUCCAGGCUGCAAGCUGCUGUAUAAGCACGACUUAGCCAAACGUUGGGGGAACCACUGUAAGAUGUGCAGCUACUGUUUGCAGACAUCUCCCAAGCUGGUUCAGAAUCAUUUUGGGGGCAAGGUGGAGGAGUUCUGUUCAGAAGACUGCAUGUCAAAAUUCACAGUUUUGUUUUAUCAGGUAAGCUGCUCUGGAGUUCAAACAUGUUUUAAAAAUUAAAAUUCUAGAUAGAAAGCAAGUCUCUUAUGUGAGAUCUGUUGUACAGAUGUAUUGAGUUUUGAUGUGGGGUUUCAGAGCUUGCUUCAGCCUUAUUGGUGGGCCUCAAAGCAAUCUUCAGUUCCUUAAUUCCUUACAUAAGCUGUUUAACCUCCGCAUGAAGCUUCAGAGUGGAGUUAUCCAAAGUUCUGGAGUACAUUGUCAGCAAUAUGCUGGUGACACAAAAGCUCUACUCCUUUACAUCUGCAGGGAUGGCAGUGGAUGUGCUGGACCGAUGGUCUUGCCUUGGUAACGGACUGGAUAAGAGCCAACAAACUGAAGCUCAUUCCAGAUAAGACUGCAGCACUGUUAGUGGGUGGUUUCCUAGAGUGGAUGGAUGGGAGGCUGCCUGCUCUUGAUGGGGCUACGAUCCCUCUGAAGGAGUGGGUAUGUAGCUUGAGGGUACUUUUGGAUCCCUUGCUGACACUUGAGGCUUAGGUGACCUCAGUGGCAUGGAGGCCAUAUAUUAUUUGUGUCAGCAGAUUGUUCACAGGAUGCAAACAAACUACAAUAAGAAAGUCAUUUGAGAAAAGCAGUCAGAUAUGUAUGAACAAUAUAUUUUUUUUACUUUUAAAAAAUAACAAUAUGCACAUUGUACUCUCUUUUUCUCUUCUUUGUAGAUGUCCAAAUGUGACAGCUGCAAAAGGCAGGGCAAACUUGGCGAGUCCUUGAAAUGGCGAGGGGAAAUUAAGCAUUUUUGCAACUUGCUUUGCAUUUUGAUGUUUUGCAAUCAGCAGUGCGCAUCAGAUCCACCGCCACCUCCACCUCCUCCACCGCCGCCACCCCCACCCCCCCCUCAGAACAAUACAGGUAAAAGAAGGCCUGCUGCUAUUAUGGAUGCCAGGGAAGCUGUAGGGACAUCAGCUACAGGCAAAUCCCACAUCAAUGAAAAAGCAUGCCUAGGGGUGCUUCCUUUGUGUUUCUUUCAACUGAACAGCAGACUGGACAUGAAUCUAGCUGGACUAGGCUGGUGAUAGGAACAGAUUGCAACCAAUACUCCUCCAGUGAAGGAGAAUCCAUCACCUCCCAAGGGAGGCUUUUCCACUGUUGAACAGCUUUUACUGUCAGAAAGUUCUUCCUGAUGUUUAGUUGGUAUCUCCUUUCUUGUAACUUAAAACCAUUGGUUUGGGUCCUAGCUUCUGGAGCAGGAGAAAACAAACUUGCUCCAUCUUCCAUUUGACAGCCCUUUGUAUAUUUGAAGGUGGCCAUCACCUCUCAUCUCAGUUUCCUCUUUACCAGGCUAAACAUACCCAAUUCCCUUAACCAUUCCUUAUAGAGCUUGGUUUCCAGACCUUUGAUCAUCUUGGUAACCCUUCUCUGCACAUGUUCCAGCUUGUCCAUAUCUUUCUUAAAUUGUGGUUCCCAGAACUGGACACAGUACUCCAGGUGUGGUCUAAAAAGCAGGACUAUUACAGUGGUGCCCCGCAAGACAAAUGCCUCGCAAGACGGAAAACCCGCUAGACAAAAGGGUUUUCCGUUUUGGAGGUGCUGCGCAAAACGAAUUUCCUAUGUGCUUGCUUCACAAGACAAAAAUGUCUUGCGAGUUCCUGCGGGGUUCCCCCCCCCCUUUUCCCAAGCCGCUAAACCGCUUAUCAGCUUAUCGUUAAGCCGCUUAACAGCUGAUCGCUAAGCCGCUUAUCAGCUGAUCCGCUAAGCCGCUAAUACUGUAGCGCUAAUCCGCUAAACCGCUAAUGGGCUUGCUUCGCAAGACGAAAAAACCCGCAAGACGAAGAGACUCGCGGAACGGAUUCUUUUCGUCUUGCGAGGCACCACUGUACUUCCCUUGAUUGGGACAGUAUGCUAUUUCCAGGCAGGUGAGUGUAGAAUUGCAGCCAUAUUGGUAUUUUGUAUUCUUUUGAACAAAAAGGAGACUCACAUCCUGGAUAAAAUCAUCCAGUCCUGGCAUAAAGUCAUAUCUGCUCAAAGUUCCUUUUCCCCCAACUCAAGUCACUAUUUUAGUUUUCAAAGAUAUAAGGAUAACAGGGUUUGGCCGAUGAACAUUUUAAUUGACUUUCCACAAGGAAAUGUGCUUAGCAGGCUGCCAUUAAUUCCAGAUAAAAGGUGUUUGACUAUCACUACGUCUACAAUUUAAUUAACCUUCUAUUGUGUGUUAUUUUGUGACCAGACGAAACAAGCUAAUUUUUAAAAAAGCUCAAGUAUACACAGUGAUAUGGUUCAAAUAGGUCUAAAUUGGGAAGGUCACUGACAAUUAGCAACAAUGAGAUUUCAUUUCUAACUAUUUUCAUUGCCAGUAUGAUAGAGUGGGUAAAGUAUAGUUAAGGGGUGCAAAUGUACGUAUGACCUAACUGCUGCAUCUGCAGAGAAAUAGAGUGAUUGACGUAUAAAUAUUGUCUACUUGUGUCGUUCACAUUACACUACUUCAACUCAUUCUGCUUCCUCUACCCAGCAAAUCUUUCCAUGGCACCAACGUCCUCGGUGGGGCCCCCUCCGUCUCUCAGGAAGGAUUCUACUCCAGUUAUAGCAAACGUGGUGUCCCUGGCCAGUGCUCCUGCUGCCCAGCCCACAGCCAAUUCCAACAAUGUUUUGCAAGGUAAGGCAGCGAUAAAUGCACUUCCUGGUGUGUGUGUGUCUCUCACACAUACACAUCUAUGCAAAUUUACAUUUUGUUGUUGUGGAAAGCAACAAGCAUGGCCCUAAGAAAGUUGCUUAAUGCCCCCUUUUUGUAAUCCCCAGAAACUAGAACUAGUCAUGAUAUUCUGAAGAGCGGCAAACAAAUUUCCUGCUUUCCCUCCCCCUUUAACAGGUGCAGUUCCUACUGUGACAGCAAAAAUUAUUGGAGAUGUAAGUUUUUCAAGAAAUUUUUUGGGACAUCUAGUAAAGUAUUUAUUUAUAUUUUUUUUCCUCCUCUCUCUCUCUCUCACUCACACACACACACACACUGCUCAAAGUCUUUGGGCACUUUUGCACUGUAUGUAGAGGGGGAGGUGUAGAGGCAGUGGAAGAAGUGGCGGCUUAGUGGACUGGUAACUAGGACUAGCUGAUCUUAGCAUGACAUUUACAAAAGGCAGCAAAGAGUUAUUGUACCUCAUUUUCUGCCCUGAACCAGGCAAGUACUCAGACGGAUGCUUUGAAGCUUCCUCCUUCCCAGCCUCCCCGACUUCUCAAGAACAAAGCCUUACUGUGCAAGCCUAUAACACAGACCAAGGCCACCUCUUGCAAGCCUCAUACGCAACACAAGGAAUGCCAGACAGGUAUGUGAUACAGAAAUGGCAUGUGCAGUUGUUCUGAGAGGGAGACAGAGAGAUGUGAAUGUAAAAACUUGUGUAAGCGCUUUUUGUUGUGACCAGCUAAAAUAUCACGCAGUAGUGAGCAAGUAGGGGAGCAUAUUGGAUGCAGCUGUAGAAGAUGAAAAAGUUCCAUUCAGCAAUGGUUUUAAAAAACAGACCUUCAAUACCAUAUUGCAGUGUAUAGUACCCAGGGGAGUAUUUCUGUUCAAGGCAUUAGUCAGCCUAGAACUGGAGCCUUCUUUUGCACUAAAGGUUCCAGGGAGAAAGAAGCAAUGAUAUAUUUCUCUUUGGAAACGUAAAAACAAGUAGUUAUUUGGAUUUCUCUCAGUGGAUUCUCUACCAGUGCAAUAUGCUGGGACUUUGCAAGCCAGAGAGCAGACGUUAAGAGAAACAUCAUGGUCCUUACAUUAGGAAAGUAGUAUCCUAAGUUUAGAGGCCCAAUUAGGUGGCAUUGCCCAGUGCGUGGAGGGCAUCUCUUCCUCUGUAGUCAAAGUCCCACCAUUAGUGGUAAAUGGUCUUCUGUAUCCCAUGUAUGCAUUUCUUAUGUAUGAUACAACCAUCUUCUGUAUGUGUGAAUAAGUGUAGUAGAGAACAGGGCAGCCCCAGCAAUCAAACCCAUAAUGAAUUUUGACUCACAUCUUCCCCCUUUGUUUAUGGCAACCCAUGAACAAGUGAAAAUUCCAGCACAGAAUCAAGCUGACUUUCAGCAGCAAGCUUUCUUUUUUUAAAAAAAUAGUAUUUAUUAGGGUUUUAAGUUUACAAAAAGGCAAAAGAAAGCUUUCAGCCUUGGCCAACUUAGUACCGUCUAGAUGUUUUGAACUACAACUUGCAUUACAACCAUGCUGCCUUGGACUGAUGGGAGUUACAGUCCAAAACGUCUGAUGGACACUAGGUUGACAAAGGCUGGCCUGGUCAUCUGCUGUGUUCCCUGGCUUGGAAUAAUCACGUAAGAAUGGCAUGGACAGAGGAGUCCCAGAGAACAUAUGUGGGUGCAUCCACGUAGAAAGGGGUGGUGUGUUAGGAGCAGCAGUUGUGGUUAGCAAAGAAAAGUUAACAGCCUGUUGAGAGAGAUGAAUGAACAGCUGGCUUCUCUUCUCCAAGGAUCAUGCCUUUUAUUUUUAACAUAACAGAAGAAGAAGAAGAAGUUCCACCCAAAAUAAUCAUGGUGCCUGUUCCUGUACCAGUGUUUGUGCCAGUUCCUCUCCACCUCUUCACCCAAUACACACCAGUUCCGCUGGGAAUGCCAAUACCCGUAAGUGAUGUGUUUGGCACCUUGGCUUUCGUACAGUGGCUUUGAAGGUUGAGCUCACUGGGUCAGCUUGUGGCCAGCCUGGACAAUGCCGAAUGUCUCAGCAUGAGUGUCUGUGGUGGGGCUGAAGUAAGCCCAACAUCCAGUGCAAGUCAGUUCAUUGCACUCAUGAUCUGGGGACAGCUCAGUGGGAGAGAGACCUACCUGAAAGCUUGGAAAGCUACUGCCAGUCAGUGUCAACAGUAGAGGACAAAUGGUCUUGACUCAGUAUUAGGCAGCUUCCUAAUCUCUUAACACCAAAGGCAUCAUUUGUGUUAAGGGAUGCUAUGUACUCCAGCAAAAGAGUAUCAGAAUUGUCUUGCUGGAUCAGGCCAGGGUUUCCAUAGUUGAAGAAAUCCCAGCAACCAAGAGGCACUAAGAGGUCCUCUGGAAAUUGGUGAGUUUGUUUGUUGCCCACCUUUUCUUUAGAGGUCUGAGAGGUGGAAAAUAAACCAUGGCCUCCACCUAGUAGGGAUCAUGGGAUAGGCCUUGCUUACACCCAGUUAGUGGCUGGCUCUUAACUGAAGCCAACAGUUUAAAAAUGUUUACCUUUGCUUGAUAACCCAUCAGAGACAGGAUUCUCUUGAGAUGGCAAGGACCUUGUUUGAGGAGGCUCAAGAUGGGCAAUUACAGCUUUGAAAGCUGGUAGGAUGCAAGGGGAGUUGUGUGUAUUUGUUACUGAUAUGCAUCACCCAGAGAAUAUUUCUCUAGCUUGUCCUCCUCCCCAUGGAGCCUUCUUCUUUGUGUGUGUUCUACCCACGAAAUGUUGUUGUGUGUUCCCUGCUAUAGGAUCUUUUCAUCUGCACAAAUCAAACCUCUCCCCCACCCCCAGGUCCCAGUUCCUAUGUUGGUUCCAUCUGCCCCGGAGAAUACUGGCAAGGCAAUAGAAACCAUUCCAGACAUCAAGGAGAAGAGCUCCGCCAACGCAUUUGAGGCAGAUCUCCUCCAGAUGGCAGAAAUGAUCGCAGAGGAUGAGAAGGAUAAAGAACACUCUAGAGGAGGUGCAAGGCUUUUUUUUUUUUUUUUAAGGGAAACCUGAGGAGCUGGUGAAUGGGGGUGGGAGAAAGAGAGGAGGGGAGAGUGACUGCAGUGGAGGGGUUGGGGAGGGAACCUUCCUGGGGAAGUUGUAUUUAUACACCCAGAUUUCUAUUUCAUAGGCUUAUUCUGGACUGUGUUAGGUUUUCCGUUUGAUUCUAUCAGAAGGGUUCUGUAUAAAUCUCCCAAAGAGAAGGCCACAUUGAAAUGGAGUAAUCUACCCCCUUCCAGUUUUGCGAAUUGAAGCAAUUCUGCCACUAAACAGUUUUCAACAACUCAUAUAUUCUAGGGAAAUCUGGAGUCGGGGCUGUUGAGGUGGGGGGAGGAGAAGGACAAAAAUAGCUUUAUGGGAGGGGUAGGUAGGAGCUGUUCUCCCUCAUGAAGUUUUACAUGCCUACCACUAGCCCAUUUAAGUAAAAUGCCUGGAAAUAAUGUAUGAAAGCUGCUUUAUAAAUGCUUUAAAUAAAGGAAAUUAGGCAAGAUUAGGCAUCCUGACUGACACUUAGCCCUGAACAGGCUUGAGCUCAGUGUUAGAACACCUGCUUUGCAUGCAGAAAGUCCAGGUUCAGUUCACACCACCUCCAGCUAUAAAGGUCAGGAGGACCUUUCUCUGCCUGAGAUCCUGGGAAGCUAUUGCUAUUCAAAGUUGGCAGUCGUGGGAUAGGUGUACUAGUGGUCUGUCUUAGUACAUGGUAGUUGCAUAUGGAGUCAAUGUUUUCGGUGUUUGGUGCUUUUGGUCUGGCUGUGUUGGUAUACCUGUAUUUUUUCCUUCACUUGUUUCAGGCUCUCAAACAUCUGAGCAUGAGCUGUUCCUCGACCCUAAGAUAUUUGAAAAAGGUUGGUGCUUACUUGCUCCACUUAGCAAAUACACUCACAUCUACUGUAUAAUUUUGGAAAGUAGCUUGUUCACUAUGUGAACAGGUAUCGUAACCAAAUUUUGCAUGAUGGAUCCUGAGAUUGAGGAGCAGCCUUCUGUCUAUGUUUGGAUAUAAUUGGAUACUAUUUUGAAUCAAAAUGGCAGACUGAACCUAUUGAAAACACACUGAUUUGAAGCAUUGAUUUCAAAACUGCACUGAUUAUAUAUGCAUGCCCAGUAUGAGACCCCCCUCCACUCAUACCUUACUUGGGGAGUGAGCAUGUAAAAGCGCAUCAGCUUUUAUAAUGUUUCUCUGCAUAGUUAGCAGACAGGACCCACAGGACAGAACCAGAUCUAAUCUUAAUUUGUUCUUAAGUUACAGCUGGGUAAAUAUUUGGUUGAACAUUUGGGAGACACUUUGUAAGCAGAGCACAAUGAAAAGAAAUACCACGGGGCAAAGGUGGCUUCUCCCUUGCUUGAGGUCUUCAAGCAGAGACUGGACAGCCACCUGUUUGAGAUCCUCUAGGUGUCAAUUUUCCAAUGAGCCAUGGGGGUGGACUAUGCUUCCCUUUUGACUCUUGUAAAAUUCUGUGGCUCUUGCUUGCCAAAGGCAGCCGGGCUCGUGACUCCUCACAUCCUUGAAUGUCCUAAUAGGCUGUGCUCUGUCUCUGCCUGCUGGGCUUCUCUUCCUGAGCACCACCUGUCUCUCUCCCCUCUCAAUUACAGACCAAGGCAGCACAUACAGUGGCGACUUAGAGUCCGAAGCAGUGUCGACCCCUCACAGCUGGGAGGAGGAGCUGAACCACUAUGCCUUACGCUCAAAUACGGUGCCUGAGCCUGAGCCCGAGCCGAGGCAGUUCUCCAAAGGAGAGCUGGAGCAGGACCUGGAGGCUGAUUUCCCUUCAGGUUUGUCAGCCACAGAAGAAAAGGCUCUUGGGUGUGGAAUGUGCUAUGGGCCUUUUGCCCCCAUGCUGCUGGUAACUUUUUAACCCUCGCCCUCUUCUGGGAGCAGCCUGCUAUCCCGGGAGGUACCAGUUGGCAGCACAGCUCUUGCUGCUGCAACUUUCCCACUAAAUCUCUGCUUUUGUUUAAAAACUAGACUCCUUUGACCCGAUCAGCAAAGGGCUGGGUCUUCACUCACGUGCGCGAGCAAGGCGGAGACACAGAGACGGUUUUCCACAGCCAAAAAGGAGGGUAAGGAGCGCCAUUGCUUUUCUUGCUGCUUAUUUGUUACAAGCCUACGACAUUUUGGGGUGAGGUAUUCAGGGUGAUGGGCCUUCUUUCAUUUCCCCAGGCUUCUUGACUCUCUCCUACCCCACCCCAAAGUUUCCCUUCCUCAUUUGCCCCUUCUCAAAGAAAAGCCCCUAGUUGAGGUCAGGAGUGUGGAGAUCGCAUAUGUCUCUUUAGUUUCUCGCCCACAAAACUGUGCCUCAAUUGAGAGCAGGAAUAGGAAACAGGUAAUGCAACUUCUGAUGCAUUUGCUCCCCCAUCCCGUCAUGUGGUUCUUGGUCACCUUCUCCCUUCCAAGGGAGGAUUUAAGGACAGUGGCAGGCCAGGAUCUUCAUUCCCCAAACAUAAUCAAGUUCCAUAGGCACUGAUUUCAUCAGCAUACUUUGAGGAGGAGAAACGAUGCUCCUGAUUUGGCCACUGCUUGCCAAUCCCGAAGAUAGAUGGCUUACCGGAGGUGUAUUUGGUCCAGAAACCAUUUACCUCCCUCUGUGACUAAGCCAAGCAAUGCCUUUGUUGGGCCCUUGCACACACUUUGGUUUUUCUUCAGGGGAGGAAGAAGUCCAUAGUAGCUGUGGAGCCCCGGAUGCUUGUGCAGAGCUCAUACCCAGGCUGUUCCGUUUCCGGGAUGAGUCUCAAGUAUAUGUAUGGGGUGAACGCCUGGAAGAACUGGGUCCAGUGGAAAAACACACAGGAAGAGCAAGGAGACCUCAAAUUUGGAGGUAAUGCUUUUUAAAAUAAGAAUUAAUACUUUCCUUUAUGCUUCAUUGAACCAUGGAGGAUGAAGAGCUGACCUGGGUCUUUCAGCAGAAUAAUCCUGGAAGGAUGGGAUGGGUGGAUCAGACCAUGUAUGUAUUGCAUGGUCCUGGAAGUGUGCCAGACAUGGCUUUUAACACACUGCUCCUUUAAUGCACUACUUGGAAACAAGCCCUAUUGAUUUAAAUGGAAUCUGCUCAGUUGCAAUGAAUUAAUUGGGAGAUUUGGGAUUCCAGGAUACAGGUUCAUAGGCUCAACAAGAAUGCCUAUGCAGAAUACUCUGGGUCUUUGUUUGGGUGAGAUUGUUAUGUUCCCAAACCUGAGACCUAAGUUUAAUUCACACAAGCUACCAACAGGCCACCUCCAAAUUUUCUCCUGUUCCAGGUUCCUCUGAAACCCACCAUUUGAAGUGAAAGAGAUUUCCUCGGUCUCUCCCUCUGAUGUCAGUACAUGUCAUCAGCAGUGAUCGUGCAUAUGAUUUUAUUUGCAUUGAAUUCAUUCCCCCCCCCUUUAUUGCACAGCUAGUGCAUAGCUGCUGUAGCUAAUUAAAAGCUGUAUUACUGCACAUCCCACAAUAAGGGUCAGAUAGCUACACCCCUCAAAUAUCUGGAUUUUUUUUUAAAAAAAUCAUUUACAGAGAGUGGCAGGCAGGUUUCCCAUCAAGAUUCCCAUUCUAAAAAACAAGUUUGAAAGUGUGUAGGCAGUUAUUGGUUAAAAUAUUUGGCACUUUCAGGAUUCGAAGCAUUUCAUAUAUAUUAUCAUGGCAACAGUCCUCUAAGAUAGGCCCCAUAUUGCAGAAGGGGGAGGUAUUUGAAUCAACACCUUUUUUAUUGGUUCAUUUAAUUAUUGGAAAAGUAGUUCUUCUUCCCUUUUAGACUGCCAACUUGCUGUUCAGGAGCUUGGGAAACAAAAAAGGGAAUUCCUUAAUUGCUUAUGAGUGGACAGUGCCCUCAAUUACUCUGAUGGAGUUGAGUAUUCAAAUAUUUCUGCUUGUGAAAGAGGCUGAUGUUCUUUUGGUGCUUUUCUUCCUUGUAGUUCGACCUGUGAAGCUCAAAGAGGACAUCCUUUCUUGUUCUUUUUCGGAGCUGAGCUUUGGCUUAUGCCAGUUUAUCCAGGAGGUACGACGACCAAAUGGUGAGAAGUAUGACCCUGACAGCAUCUUAUACCUGUGCCUUGGAAUUCAGCAGGUAAUUGUCCUUUUGGUGUUAUAUUUCUUUCCUUAUUUGUUCUUUUAAAGAGUGACCAGCAAAAAGAAUUGUUUAUUGAGCCUAGGCAGAUUUGCUCAUGCUACACCAGUCCUUUGUCAACCUCACGCAUUGCCAGUCUGUUACCAGGUUUAAUUCAAGUUGUUGUCUUUAACCUUUUUAAAGACCUAAAUUUCUGGGACCAAAAUAUCUCAGGUUCUGCCUCUUCUCUUCCUGAGAACUUCAACCUACAUCUGAGGAUCUUCACUCUCAUCUGAUAGAUGUGUGGUGGGUGGGCUUCUUCGAUGUCACCAAGUUUGUGGAAUGGUCUCAGAAGAGAGGCGCACAUGGUCCCUUCACUGCCUGUUUCUGGGCAUGCUUUCAAAACAUUUUGAUUUCAGUAGGCAUUUUCUUCUUUUCUUUAGUUCUGGCUCAGUACAUUUCUAAAUUGAUUGCUUCUUUGAAAUCAUUCCCAUUGUUUUACAGCUUGAUUUGUUUUGUUGCUGUGAUUUAAGCCCUUGUGAGCUGCCCUGAGUAUAUAUGGUUAUAGGUGGUUGGGAUAUAAAUUAUAGGAAGAAAUGAUAGUACGACUCUUGAGUAAGACAAUUCACAUUUAUUAUCGUAGCAUUGUUCUCCUGAGGUUGUGGUGCCAAUAGUUCUUUCUGAGAGUUGCAGGCGUGCUGUGGAUUUAUUUAAUUGAACUUGCAGCACACCAGGGAAAUAGUGUGCUAAUAAUUCUACCAAACCCCCUUUGCACCAAAGCCAGUUUGAAUGAAAACAUCUUGCAGCACUUCUGGAAGCUGUCCAACCUCAAGCUUUGACCAGUCUCCCAGGAGAGAUAAAGUUGGGGGCCAGUCCCUAAGACUGCCCUUCUGCACACGUAUAUAGAUACCUGAUGUGUCAAAUUAAUGUUGCAUGUAAGAAAGCAUUGUGGGAUGGUCUUCAAGAGUUGUGGCGGAAUAUAGGGCUGGAGGUGGUAUCAUAAGUCUGCAAGAACAGUCCCAUUUUCCGGCUGUUGCCCAAAGCCAGGCAGUCUGGAGAAGAGAAUCACCUCCAAGAAUACAGAACCCCACUCCAAAAAAUGUUAGGAGGAUAGAACUGAAUCAGCAGGCUGUGUCUGCACCUUUCUAUGUAAACCUCCCAAGUUUUCUGUCAUCGUUUUCCUUCUCUUGCAGUACCUAUUUGAGAAUGGUAGAAUAGAUAACAUUUUUACCGAGCCCUACUCCAGGUUUAUGAUCGAACUUACAAAACUGUUGAAAAUCUGGGAGCCUACAACGCUUCCAAAUGGUAAGGAGGUUACUUGUUUUGUCUAUAAUGUCAUGUGGGCAUGUAUCGGAAGGGAGAACAUAGACUCCAGAGAGGGAGAUGGUGGCUUCUAAUAAAUGAGGGGUGGUCUGUCUUUAGCCUUAUAUUGUAUUUUUUCUUUCUUUUUCACUACAGUCCCUCUGAUUCAUGGUCACAGUCUGUAUUUAUAAGGCAAGAAUGCCAACUUGGCAUCUCUUAAAACAAUUAAGGCAAAAUUGUUUCCAUAUGAACAUGCCUCUUUUUUCCUUUUUCCUUUUUUAAGAGCACCUCUUGAGGGCUGCCUAGGCUGCCCCUGCCUUCAGAGGUGCAGAAAUGCUCUUACUUGUGCCCAUGCUCUUAUUUGUGGCACACCCUCAUUUCAGGAACAUUCACAUGGCACCACCUUUGUUAUCUUUUUCUGCAUUUUGCCCACCAGAGCGUUUGAUGGAUCAUAGAUCAUUUGCCUGUGUGACUGUUGGCUGCUGGUGCUAUUUUAGUUAAUUUCUACUGGGUUUUUGGCUUUUCCUGUUGUGGCCUCCGUGCAUGUGUGGUUUCUGAGCCUGCACAGAGCAGAAUGUAACAAUGGAAACAUUAUUAAAGAAGCAGAGAGUUGAAAAUAGAAGAGGCUGUGUGUUCUUAGAAGCCAUAAGGCUUAUCUCAUACCCCUCUCAGAUGAAGAGCAGAGCUAAAGUUCCUACAUGCGCUGCUGCUGUUGGGAGCAGGUGGGAAAGCAGGAGCUAUGCCCCUUGAGCAUACCCUGGGGGCGGGGGCUUCCCUCUAAAAUCUUACCUGCUCUGCUCUAGAGCACUCUCCUCCAACUUUGUGUUCUCUCAAGGUUUUGGACUACAACUCCCAUCAGGCCUAGACAGUUCAUGGGGCAAGUACUCCAAGAACUCUGGUGCUCAGCAUGUUGGGGAAGGCUGCACUGGUGCCCGGCUCUCAUUGCAGCAACUUCCUUUAGCCCAGCAUUUUGGUGCAAGAGUCACAGGAGGUGCUUGGUGGUUCACUAGCCACUGGCCAGUGGUAAAGGACUGACCAGGUUUCUCCUUCCUGUUGUGUGUCCCCUGAUCAUCUAAUCUCCAGGUUACAUGUUCUCAAGAAUUGAAGAGGAGCACUUAUGGGAGUGUAAGCAGCUGGGUGCCUAUUCCCCCAUCGUCCUCCUGAACACGCUGCUUUUCUUCAACACCAAAUACUUCCAGCUCAAGAAUGUCAGCGAGCACAUGAAGUUGUCCUUUGCCCACGUCAUGCGACGCACACGGACCCUGAAGUACAACACCAAGCUGACUUACUUACGCUUCUUUCCUCCUUUCCAAAAGCAGGAGGUAGAAUCAGGUGGGUGAGCUGUUGUGGACAUUCUUUUCCUGCAGCGCAUGGCUUGACUUCCUUGGGUUACCGGGUGUUGCACACAGGCGCGUUGAAAUUCUGUACAAGCACAACAAUUUACAGAAUCCCAGCCUACCGUAUUUUUCACUCUAUAAGACGCACUUUUUCCCUUCUAAAAAGUAAGGGGAAAUGUGUGUGCGUCUUAUGGAGCGAAUGCAGGCUGCGCGGCUAAGCCCAAAGCCAGAACACGGAGACGGAGCACUGCGCAGCGCUCCGUCUCGCUGUUCUAGCUUGGGGAUGGUUGCGCAAAGCCUCCGCAGGGCAGCGGGGUGAAGGCACCCCGCUGCCCUGCGGAGGCUUCAAAGGCUGUCACCGAAGCCAGAACAGUGAGACAGAGCGCUGCGCAGCAUUCCAUCUCGCUGUUCUAGCUUGGGGAUGGCUGCGCAAGGCUGUCCCCGCAAGGCUUCAAAGGCUGUCCCCGAAGCCAGAACAGCAAGAGGAUAUCCCAGAAGCCAGAUCCCUCUUGCUGUUCUGGCUUCUGGGGUACAGAAUUUUUUUCUUCUUGUUUCCUCCCCCCCAAACUAGUUGCGUCUUAUCAUCCAGUGCGUCCUAUAGAGCGAAAAAUACGGUACUCCUUUUAAAACAUUGGCCACUUACAAAGGCGACUCUGCAUGGAAGAGUAACGAAAGCAAUUGCUACCCCUAAUUAGUUUUCUGUGCCAAAAACUAAUGAUUUUGUUCUUGUGCCAUUGCCCUCUUUCCUCCCUUCUCCCUCCCUGCUCCAUCUCUAGAUAAAUUAGUAGGGAAAAGAAAACGCCACGAGGGCGAAGAUGUCCCAACAGCGGUGGAAAUGGUCGAGAACACUGACAACCCCUUGAGAUGCCCAGUUCGGCUCUAUGAAUUCUACUUGUCAAAGUGGUGAGCGAUGCUGCCUUUCUUUCCUGCCUUCCCUGUCUUUCCUCCUCCAGCAAAUCAGUGCUCAGAGGCUCCCCUUGCAGCAAGAGAGUUUGGAGUUGGUUACAAAGAAAUGGAUCAAUUCCCAUCAUGUACCUCUGCAAAUUCAAGCCUUCUCUUGCAGGAACUCAACUGCAAACAAAGCUGAAUCAGUAAGCGGGAGGGGAGCAGGUGCACCCUAAUACUACAUGUUGCCCUGAUCCCAGUCAGCUGCACAGGUCAGGGAACCUGUGCCUUUUUGUUUCUACAGCCCUUGUCAGCGCUCUGUUAGUUUUUAAUGGAAGCCCUUGGAGGACAAAUUGAACUCUUGGGCACUAACCCUAGGCUGUAGCCUAAUAAUAAUAAUAAUAAUAAUAAUAAUAAUAAUAAUAAUAAUUUAUUAUUUAUACCCCGCCCAUCUGGCUGGGUUUCCCCAGCCACUCUGGGCAGCUUCCAAUAAAAUAUUAAAAUACAAUGGUCUGUUAAACAUUAAAAGCUUCCCCCAGAUGCUUCAGGUAUCCUUUGGCAAGCGAUCAUCUCAUAGGGUCAGCGCUGCCCUCCCUGCAUCUGCUGUAAAGGGAUCAGAACACCCUGAUCAGAUAUCACCUGUGUGCAUUCAUGCUGAGCUGUGCACAUGUACAGGUGGUCAUAAGGAUGACUUUAUUUAUUUAUUUAUUCAUUCAUUCAUUCAUUCAUUCUCCGCCCAUCUGGCUGGGUUUCCUGAAUAAAUUCAGGGUGUCAAUCUCUGCAUUCAUUUGUAUGUGUAUUGACUGCACACCCAUUCUGUCGUGUGAAUUCACGAAUGCAAAACAGCUGCAUUUCUAUGCACUAAGUUGUCUUCUGAACAGGAAAAAAGAUGACGUAGAAAUGUGUCUACCAUCCUAGCCUUGUUGGUCAUGGGCAUUUUGCAGUAUUCCUUUCAUCCCUAUUUCCUACCACACCCCCAUUUGAUUAGAGUAGUUUGGGAUUCCACCUCGUAACCUACUUGCAUCAGCCUGGAUGUGUGAAGAAAUAAAAUGAAAAAAACAGCACUGAAAAUUGCCAAAGAAGCACACAGCUAAGCAUUAACUAUACACAUGUUCUACAUUACAUAUGAACCGGGCUAAUACUGACUUGCUUUGCAAGCCCUUUGAGAGGAUUUCUGAGGUAAUAAUAUGGGAAGCAUUUGAGACAUUCCCCAAAGUGUAAUAUAAUGGAAGGCAUUGCAUGCACUGGCUGUGUAGGGAAAGAGAAAUAGAUACUUUAUACCCUUUAAAAUCUGCUAAUUUCAUUGGCUGCCCUCCCAUCCUUGCAUCACUACCUGUUUUCCUUCCCACUCCUAGCUUUUGCGUUCAGUCAUACUUUGUUGCCUAGCUUUCUACCCCGAAUUCUUCCUUGAACCUGUGCUUUCUGUGGACCGUCUCAGCGCCGCCUUCUUACAUGAACCUCUGUUCCCACAGUUCUGAAAGCGUGAAGCAGAGAAGUGAUGUCUUUUACCUCCAGCCAGAGCGUUCGUGUGUCCCCAAUAGCCCCAUGUGGUAUUCCACUAUGCCAAUAGAUCCUGGGACUUUGGACAUCAUGUUGACGCGUAUCCUUAUGGUAAGGGAGGUGCACGAAGAACUUGCCAAAGUCAAACCAGAGGACUCUGACCCUGAGCUUUCAGACUAAAGUUGGGCGAAGGGGGGCAUUAUCUCUUUUGGGGUUUGUUUUUGUUUUUGUUUCUUUCCCUUUCCAAUACACCUUGCAAAAGCACCAAACUGUGAACGCAUCCAUCCUUUGGAAGACUUCCUCCGUCACAUCACACAAACCGUCAGGAGGAGCAGCACGAGCUGUGACAGAGUGCAAAUAAGAAUCAAAGGACAGAAAACAGCCCAAAGCGCAAGAAAACGGAGGGCUCAGUGGCUGCAUUUGAUCCUGAAAACGCUUUCUUAA